AUUAUAGAUUUACAAAGUGUAUGCUGUUUAUUUGUGACUGAUUUAAAUGUUCCGGAAAUUGUUGAUUUUCGUGAUAAUGUCACAUUAUCAUGUAGUUACGCCAUGAGUGGACACACACUGAAUUCUGUCAAAUGGUAUAAAGAUAAAAUGGAAUUUUUCAGAUACUCACCUAUGAUGCAUCCGGUUUAUAUAAAGUUUCCGGUGGUUGGUGUACAUUUGCCAGAUGGUAAAUACUAUUGCAAUGAAUCAUCGUGUAGAGUGGAAUUGAGUAUGUUAAGUGCAAAAUCAUCGGGUGUUUACAAAUGUGAAGUGUCUGGUGAUGCACCACAUUUUCAGCUGGCAGCUAAAGAGGACAAUAUGACAGUAGCAGCUCUACCUCAAAGUGAUCCAUUAAUAGAAAGCUUUAAUCCCAUGUACCGUAUGGAAGACUAUCUAAGUGCCAUUUGUACCUCAGAUUAUUCCAGUUUACCCACCAGACUUACAUGGUUUAUCAAUGGUGAACAGGCUUCUUUAGGCGAAUUACAACCAAAUGUUGACACCAGCAUUUCGGCACAUGGCUACAUUUUAAGACGACUAAAAUUACAGGUUCAUUUUUACUUAAGUGGGCCACGCUUCUAUCAGGCUGGUAAAAUUUUGCAAUUGAAAUGCAUAGCUGAGAUUGAAAAUUUUCCCGAAUUGACUCGCGAAACUUCACUGAAUGCUGCUCUGAUUCCUUAUGACAAUUUAAACAAUCAAAUGUUGAUACAUGCUGGUACAAAUGCUGCAUCAUUCAACAACAAUAUCCUGGAUACAAGCUCAUCUCGUUUGGAUGAAGAAGAAAUUGCUGAAAUGUGGUCAACAAAUCAAAUGCAAAGUUCUGAAAUUUGUGAAUCUGUUGCAGCUGCUUAUAAACUAUAUUUGAGCAGAGAUAGUGCUGAUUGGGAGGAAUUUUGUCAUAAAUGGAAACUCACAUACAGUGUCCUCUAG